AUGUCUUUUUGGAACAGAAUUUCACGUGUCCUUACGUACAACGACCACGAAGAUCUUGAGGAACUGUGUAGUGUAGUCACCACGUCUUACGACACAUGUCUAAACAACACGAGCCAUACGUCAUCAAUAGAAACAAAGACAUCGAGCAUAUAUAUGGCUAAAGAACCUAGCAAAGUCGAUAGUGAAAAGGAAAAUAAACCAAAACAAAAAAUGGAAAAGGAGAAAAACCCACAGCCGACGACGGAGCAAGAAUCGAGAGAAGUGAAAAACGACGACAUUUCUAAAAUCAAGAGCCCUUACUUGGACUAUGAUAACUUGGAAGAUUUCAACAUGAAAGCUUACGGAGCCAAAGGUCACCAAGAGCCUAAGGCCGGCCUCGGAGGUGGAGUCACCGAUGCUCCUACUCCUUCAGGCGGCGUUGGCCGUGGGGGAGGAGCUGCAUCGUCGGAUCUUUCCUCCACCGGUGCUAUUAACCGUCAGGGAGUUCCGUGA